AUGCCGGUGAUGACACAGAAGCCAGACGACGGCGCACACGGCUAUGCCCUCCACGCUGCCUGUUGGUCGCUGCUUGAAACAUAUGUCGCGCCACAGAAGAUAGACAUCGCUCGUUUGCUUGAGGUGUGUGGCUCGGUACCAUAUUAUUCCAAUUGUGGUGGCUUGGCCUGGGAGCAUUGUUACGAGGGGUUUCUCAGCAGGGACAAUGAGAUCGAAUUUCCUUGGGGCAGAGACUACGGAACAACAUCUUCAUCGCCACGUGCGGAUUUUCGGCUCAUGCAAGCUUCCUAUGCCGAUGCUGAUCCCGACCAUCCCAUGAUCACGUACCCGGAUGGUUAUGUUCCUCCGCAACCUCCUCAAUGGCCCAGAGGAAAUGGCUCCGUGGCAGACAGCUUUGCUCAGUUUCCGCUAGAGCUGCUAGAGAUGAUCGCUAUCUUGCUGCCCACAAAAGCCGUUUUUCAUCUGCGAAGCGCCUCACGUAGCUUCUUGCCCAUAUUCGAAAGCAAGACAUUUUGGAAGUCCCGCUUCCAGAAAGAAGGCGAUCGCGGCUUUAUUUUCGACUUGCUCGAGCAACCAGAGAAGGUCGACUUGAGAGCGCUGUGGCGGUCUAGCGCGAAAUACCUCCGGCUAUCGAACAGUCGGCGUAUAUGGUCGAUUCUGCAAAGCGUUGUCCCUUUGAUGGACAUGCGAAUCUCCGUCGUGGAGGCGAAAAGUGGUUCUCACCCACUAAAGGAAGAUCAACUCAUCGCAGUCUCUGCCAACAUUCAGCAACAGACAUCCUUUCCGCCACGAUGCAUUGUUUGGCCUCACGGCUGUACCGAAUUUGGCUUCCAGCAAAUAACAUGGCCUCAGGGUGUCGUGCGCAUAUCAGUGUCGACGGUGGAUAUCGGUGAUAUGAGAUACAUUUCCGGCCUGAAACUCAACAAAAAGAACAGGUCAUCUGUCAGUAUAGGUUACAUGUCAAGACAUCUUGAGUCCUUUGAAGUCGAUGCCGAAGUCACAGGCUUCGUAAUAGCCAUGGGCGCGAGAGGCCUCAAUGGCAUACGUGUCUUGACCGCCGCACAAAAGGCCUCACCCUGGCUAGGGAAUCCAACUGGCACACCGAUCACGGGACGACUUCUUAACGUUCGGCCCAUCUCCCAUCUUGGCAUUCAAUUUGACGGCUUCAAGAUCAUCUCUCUAUAUGUGAGAAGCGGCAAAGCUAUUGACGCACUCUCGGGAGGAUCAGACAGCAUCGACCUUCGGAAGCAGGCUAUAUGGUAUCCGAGAGUGCCACAGCCUAGCCUUCACGUUCAAGACCAAUAUCAAAGAUAUCCUCCCGACUUUCGACCGAUUUUCUGGACUCAAUUUGGUGGAGCUCGUGGCAUCCUGCUCAAACAUCUGACUUCGGUCUCGAUAUCAAGGCAGAACAGCAUACGCGGCAUCUCAUUCGACUAUGCCAACACGGCGCCAGCUACGACUCGGGUUGCGAUGCUAGGAUAUCCUCCUGCCGAAUCCAGCUCCCGCACGAAGCGAUUCUCAAUCGACGGGCCCGCUGGCGAGCGUAUCAUAUCCAUCACUGCUGGAAUCGGGCAAUGCCGUGGCCAAGAUGUUUUGUGGUCUUUGAAAAUCACGACCUCAAAGGAUAGAGAAAUCAUCUGCGAGCCAGAGACACGACCUGCUCAUGAAGCAACCACCUCCGUUCGGCCAGCCGCAAGCGACGCGGAAGCUUAUCGACAAUACCUUGGCUACCCAGAUUGCAGCUACCCAGAUCCCGAUGAUCCGUACGCCUACGACGGGUUGCCUUCCGACGAUGAAUCUGACUCUCUGUCAACUAGCGAUUCAGACGCCCACGAUUUCAAUUUUAAUCACUUUGCGCCUGGACCUAUGGAGUGGCAAGAGCCUCAGGUCCCGCCGGGCGAUGACGCCGCUAUAACGGGAGUAUAUGUGAUUCAGGACCCCGUUGUUGGUUUCACAAAGUUGGGUAUCAUCUCUGAGACUGCCGAGUUCGAUGACUAG